AGCCAAAUUCAUGCGUUGACUCCAAAAGCUGAAAGAGCAAUUGCGAAACACAUUAUUCAUCAUUUUGAAAGAUCAGGACGAUCUGCGCACAGCAGUUGCUGGCAGAAGUAGACAUGAAUCUUUUUUCCUAGCUGUCACGGAUUCCCAUACGUAACCGUUGGCCAAGAAGUUUUGGACUGAUGCCUGGUGUUCAAAGUUAUGCUGGAUAUAUAUUGAGAAAAUAGGUAAUGUGAAGUAGUUUACACUUUCGGCUUUUCUUUGUUAACUUAGGUUUUCAACCUAAUGUCUGGGCUUGAACCUUUUGUCUCUCCUCUUGUUGGAGCGGUGGGAACAAUUGGGAUUGGAGAAGUACGCAAUACCCUUGCAUCUAAAUUUGCAUUUUCAAAAAAUCUGGAUGACAAUUACCACAUUUUGGUCAAAGAUACAGAGAUGCUACAAGCAAUAAUGAAGGAUAAAGAGAUCGAAGCUCAAAGAAACCACCACAGAGAUACUUCCAAUGCUUACAAACUAUGGACAAACAAGGUAUCAAAUGUCACAGAAGAAGUGCAGGAGCUGAAGCUUAAAUAUGAAAUAAAGACUCUACCCCGGUGGCGGAUUCAAAAACGCUCCCGUAUGAGUGAAGAAAUGGAGAAGAAGAGUAAUUGGAUUCGUCAACUUAUCAAUGAUGGAUGUCUAAAAAAUUUUCUUGUUGAUAAACCACCAGAACCUGUUUUAAAGGAGUUAAAUGUUCCUCAGAUAAGUGGAUAUCCAACCCUUCAAGGCACCUUGGAUAAUAUUCUGGAUUUGCUGAAAAAUAAUAAAAUCAAAAUCAUUGGAGUGUGUGGGACAAAAGGGGUGGGAAAAACAACAAUAAUGCGGAAUCUAAACAACAAUGAAGAGAUAGCUAAACUGUUUGAAAUUGUCAUUUUUGUAAAAGUCACAUCUAAUGAUCAUAAGCUUCAAGAGAAAAUUGCUCAUCGAUUGAUGUUGUACAAAGGGACCACUAACAAUGAGGAUAGUGAUGAUGUUGCAAGAAGAAUAUACAGAGAGCUGGACAACAAAAGAUAUUUAUUAAUUUUGGAUGAGGUUGAGGAUGCCAUCAAUUUGGAGCUGUUGGGAAUCCCAAGUAAUGGCAGCAAGGUGGUGAUUGUCACUCGAUUCCCUCGUGUUUAUAAGUUGAAUAGGGUGCAGAGGGUAAUCAACGUCGAGAAGCUAUCUCUUGAUGAAGCAUGGAAGAUGUUUAGAGAUACUGUUCAUGCCUUCAAUCCUAAGAUUGAUUCCCCUGACAUUCAACUACCUGCAAAACUUGUAUGUAAAAGAUGCUGCUGUGGUCUUCCACUUCUCAUUUACAAUAUAGCAAACUCUUUUCGAUUGAAAGAGUCCGCUUCUAGUUGGUGGGCGGGACUUGAAGACCUUAAACCAUGGCCAGAACUUCAAAGCCAAGGUUUAGAAGAGUUGUACUCGUGUCUGAAGUUCUGUUAUGAUGAACUCAAUGAUAAAAGGAAGCAGAAAUGCUUUCUAUACACUUCAAUGUAUCCUGCAGAUAGCAAGGUUUACUCUGAUUAUUUAGUGGAGUGUUGGGCAGCACAAGGUUUACUCGGUGAUAUAAAUGAUGAAAGAUCAUAUCAAAGUGCACGCAAUCGUGGUAUUGACAUAUUAGAACAUCUUGCUAAUGUAUCUCUACUAGAGAAAGGGGAAGCAAUGAUAUAUGUUAACAUGAACCAUUGCAUGAGACAACUUGCAUUGCACAUAUCCUCUAAAGAUCCUGAGUGUAGCUUUUAUCUUCAAGACGGUGAAGAAUCUGAAAAUCUCUCAAAUUCAAGAGCUUGGCAGCAGGCUAGGUGGGUCUCUAUGGGACAAGUACAUGAUUUACGAACAAGCCAGGAUUGCAGCACGAUUUUGACAUUGUUGCUGAGAAAAAUUCCUGAGCUACCAGAAAGUUUUUUUGAGAACAUGAGCAGUCUACUUCUGUUAGACUUGUAUAGUAGCAUGAUUACACAACUGCCGUCAUCUCUAUCAAAAUUGACUGGUCUUCGGGGUUUAUUCUUGAACAGGUGUGAGCUAUUGGAAUCACUAUCAUCUGAAAUAGGAUUACUUCAAUUUCUAGAGGUCCUUGACAUACGAGAUACUAAAGUAACUUUCAUACCUCUACAAAUUGGAUUUUUGACUAAGCUAAGAUGUCUGCGAAUCCCAUUCAUUGCAAGUGAAGAUAAUCAAGUUCAAAAUGUUCAUGCUAUUUCAAAGCUUCAUAGGUUGGAAGAAUUAACUAUUCAAGUCAUAUCCUAUGAACAGUGGUGCAACCAUGCUGAAAAUGUGUUGCAACAUGUGGCUUCUUUGGAAAAUGUAACCCAUCUCAGAUGUUGUUUUCCCUCCUCAACCAUUCUUGGAGAAUUUCUUUCAAGAAGCAAAUCAUGGCAUAAGAAGCAGAGUUCGUUUAGAUUCACUGUAGGAUGCCAGAACUCAAGGCGACCUCAAAUUCUCGAAUCCUUUGAAUAUAAAAUCACUAAUUAUUUGAGGUACUGCAAUGGUGGACAGAAGGAUGACCCGGCAAUUAUUGAGGUACUACCAAAAACUGAUGCAUUUGAAUUAGUCUGCCAUAAAGAUAUGAAAAAAAUUUCCAAUUUUGCUGGCAUAGCUUGUUUGGAACGCAUUCGUGGUCUUUUGAUUAAAAGAUGCAACCAAGUUUUGACAAUUGUGUCAGGCGAAACAAGUAGCAAUGCCAUGAACGGAAUCCAAAUAGAAACAACAGUCAUCUUACCAAAUUUGGAGCAACUUUAUUUGGAAAAUUUGCUCAAUUUAAAAUGUGCUUUUAGAGGCCCCCUGCACAGUGGAACAUUUUCCAGAUUACAAGCUCUGUCAUUGAAAAAUUGUCCAAGACUGAGUCAAAUUUUCAGUAAUGGAGCAAUUCAACAUUUUUCAGAACUUCAGAAGCUGAAACUAGAAGAUUGUUCAAAAAUUGAAGAACUUAUCGGAGAAGACAUUGAAAGAGAAAGGGAUGUGCUUCCAAAACUGGAAAUACUUCUGCUAGUUAACUUGCCUAACUUAAAAAACAUAUGCGCAACUCAUACAUUGGCUUGGUCCUCUUUGGAGCUGUUAAGGAUACAUAACUGUCCUAUGUUUAAAACUUUACCACUGGACAGUACCAAUGCAGUCAACUUAAAGUCCAUUAAAGGACAGCAAGAAUGGUGGACUAACUUGGAUUGGACAAACAAUGACAAGGUGCAUAAGCGAUUUCAACCCAUAUUUGUUGCUUCCAAUGAGUAUUUUUCUUAAAUAUUUUCUUUCACGCCGUUGAAUGUAAAAAAUAAGGUGUGCUUGCUUGUCCUUCCUUACUUUAUUGGAAGAAACUAGAGAGAAAGGCAGCUUGUAUUGUAUUGUUUUAUGGUUUAUUGUGUGUUUGUGCCUAAAAUACUUUUAGACUUGGAACUAAGUCGAUUAGAAUGUUUAAUAUGUGAUUGAGUUGAAAGAGAACCGGUAAUGUUUUUUCAUUCAAACUUAAA